UCGAGAGUGGUUGGUUAACGCUUAAUUAGAUACCGCAAAAUGCUUGUUGGUCAAUUUUUGAAAUUUUGAAAUAAAAUCUAGAGGAGUACUCGCGACGACCAUCAAAGAUACUUCCAAACAAUGUCUUUCCCGUCGGGUUCUGGUUCCAAUGUUGAGAACUUGCCGCCCCAAGUGGUACGUAAAGUUAGCAAGGAGGUUGUGGCACUAGCAGAGGACCCACCCGAGGGUAUCAAGGUGUUCCUCAAUGAAGAGGAUAUCACAGAUAUACAGGCCACCAUCGAGGGACCUGCUGGCACUCCGUACGAAGGUGGCAUGUUCAGAAUGAAGUUAGUGCUCAGUAAAGACUUCCCAGCCUCACCUCCUCAGGGUUUCUUCCUGACCAAGAUCUUCCACCCCAAUGUGGCUCAGAAUGGUGCCAUUUGUGUCAACACUCUCAAGAGAGACUGGAAGCCAGAGCACGGGAUCAAACACAUUCUGUUGACCAUCAAGUGCCUCCUCAUCUAUCCUAACCCGGAGUCUGCUCUCAAUGAAGAGGCUGGAAAGAUGUUACUUGAACAAUACGAUGACUACUCAAGUCGAGCGCAAAUGAUGACUGACAUUCAUGCUAAACCACUACGCAGCUCGGCUACAGCUUACGACACAGUCCUCAACAGAAUGGAGGGUGUGGCCUCUAAAGGGGGCGUGGCAGGGGAGGCGGUCCAAGUGAUUCAGGAUCGUAAGAGAACGGCUGAUAAGACUACAGUGGGUGUCAACGACAAGAAGAAAAAAGACAAAAAGAAAGCUCUCAAGAGACUCUAGUUCUCAGAACAUUAGUGUUGUAUUUUUGUAACCUCAUUGCUUCUAUAGUGCUAUACACUGUCAAUCUGUUCAUUUACUAGUUUCCAUGACAUCACUGUUCUCUGUAGUUGCACAUUAUACAUUGCAUUGUUCAUGACCUGUAUAAUUACUAUUAUUCUCUUGUGA